GGCGCGCAUCGUUCGAGUGCAUCGAGCACUCGCGGCUCUCUCUUUCUCUCUCGCGAGCGUGAUUUCUACGUGACUCUCGUUAAUCUUCCUCGAUCGUCAGUUGGCCGUGAACCGGCGUAGUUUGCGCGCUUAAUCCCGCGACGCGCAAUACCGAACCCGCGUGCGGUAAUCGCGCACGUACGCGUAAUGAUGAUCUUAGCACGAAGAUAAUAUUCCCCGCGUGAUAAUCGUUGCCUGCUCGAACGCGGGAUUACGGCGUUCGGUCGAGUCGGUCACGACGUUUAUCGUGUCGUCCAGGUGAAAAUCCAGCCGGCGGCAUGAAGAUCUUCCGCAAGCUCUUCGGGAAUAAGAAGAAGCGGCAUGCCAUCAAUAAAAGGUCGCGAAAGACGACGUCGAAGAAGAGAGCCGCAAGCAGAACGUACGACGCACACCUGCUGAAGGACGACUUCCUCUUCGGUGGCAGCAGCUCCAAGCGGUGUCGACGUAAACACAAGACCGGCGAUAGGGGAUGGGAUAUCCACCAUGUUAAGGUCACCAGAGUGCCCGGUUACGGUUUCGGCAUAGCUGUGUCAGGAGGUCGCGACAAUCCACAUUUCACUAAUGGAGAUCCAGCAAUCGCGAUCUCCGACGUGCUGAAAGCUGGCCCGGCUGAAGGAAAGUUACAAGUGAACGACCGUAUCAUAUCCGCUAACGGAGUGUCACUGGAGGGCGCGGAUUACGGGGCUGCCGUGCGGGUCCUGAGGGAUUCCGGCACUACCGUUUUAUUGGUUGUUAAACGAAGAGCUUCCUCGAAUUCGCCGGGUUGCCUAGGUAGCGCGGGUCCUCAGAGUCAUCGACUCACUCUCACGCGAAACAAUAAAAAAGACGACUUCGGCAUAGUGCUGGGAUGUCGAUUGUACGUAAAGGAGGUUACGCGAGAAAAUAUCGGAGUGAAAACCGGGGACGUGCUAACCCGAAUAGGCAGCGUUGCCGCCGACAAUAUGAGUCUGAAGGAAGCUAGAAAGCUGAUGGACCAGUGCAAAGACAGACUCUCGAUAGUAAUUACGCGGGACAGCUCCUGUUGCCACGCACAGCAGCAAGGUAAAGGGGAUAGCGGUGAAUACCUGUCGGGCGCGAGUUACAGUAGUCAGAACUUAUACGUUCCGCCACCUACGAGGCAGCCCUUGGAGGACAAGAGUAACCUCGUGCCGAGAGGUCGUUCGCGGGGUCCGCUGAUGGACGUCUCCCUGAGCCAACUGGAUCUACCAGCUACACCCACAGUGGAUCCACCCAGGCCACCUCCGCCCAGGCCGGAAGACUAUUAUAGCACACGCAGGCAACUGUACGACGAAGAUUCGGUUUCGCCACGGUCCAAACAGCCGAUGCCGGAUCCUCGAUUCAUUACCUUCCAAAAGGAAGGAUCCGUAGGAGUGCGAUUAAGCGGCGGUAACGAAACCGGAGUCUUCGUGACUGCAGUUCAAUCGGGAAGUCCCGCGUCGCUUCAGGGUCUUCAGCCAGGGGAUAAAAUUUUAAAGAUAAACGAUAUGGACAUGAAAGGAGUCACGAGGGAGGAGGCUGUGCUUUUUCUUCUCAGUUUGCAAGAACAGAUCGAUCUUAUCGUGCAACAUCGUCGUCAGGAGUACGAUCAGAUAGUUGCGUCUGGCAGAGGCGACUCCUUCCACAUUAAAACCCAUUUCCAUUACGAGCAACCACAGAAAGGCGAGAUGAGUUUCCGCAGCGGAGACGUUUUCCACGUAGUGGACACUCUUCACAACGGUGUCGUGGGAUCCUGGCAGGUCUUCCGGAUAGGACGCAACAAUCAGGAAGUGCAGAAGGGCAUCAUACCCAACAAGGCUCGGGCUGAGGAGCUAGCGACUGCGCAAUUCAAUGCGACGAAGAAGGAGAUGAGCGCGAGCGAGAGCAGAGGUAGCUUCUUCAGAAGAAGAAGGAACAGCCACAGAAGAUCAAAGUCUUUGGGAAGGGAUCACUGGGACGAUGUGGUGUUCUCCGACAGUGUCAGCAAGUUCCCAGCUUAUGAGCGCGUGAUCCUGAGACAUCCCGGCUUCGUCAGACCCGUCGUCCUUUUCGGGCCAGUAGCCGACCUCGCCAGAGAGAAACUUCUCAAGGAUUUCCCCGACAAAUUCACCUCCCCGCAAAUGGAAAGUCAGAUGGAAGACGGCGCGGGGAAGAACACCAAAACGUCCGGCAUCAUUCGUCUGAGCGCUAUCAGGGAGGUGAUGGACCGUGGGAAACACGCGUUGCUGGACAUCACUCCCAACGCCGUAGAUCGAUUAAAUUACGCCCAGUUUUACCCGAUUGUCAUUUUCCUGAAGGCCGAGACGAAGCAGGUCAUCAAAGAGAUGAGAGCUGGCAUACCAAAAUCAGCGCACAAAAGCAGUAAAAAGCUCUUAGAGCAAUGCCAGAAACUCGACAAAAUCUGGGGACACGUAUUUAGUGCGGUGAUUACUCUCAAUGCGCCCGAAGCUUGGUACCGAAAGCUCAGGGAGCUCAUCGAUCGCCAGCAACAAGGCUCGCUUUGGAUGAGUCAGACUAAGCCGGAAGAAGCCCUCUCGGAUGACUUCCUAUUCCCGAUGACUUCUCGCCUCUCCUACGCUUCCUCCCCGGAGAGCGACCUGGAGCUGAGCCCAGCGCCUGUUAUUCCCGGCACGCUGGGUCCGCCGUCGCGGCUGAAAAGCAGCUCGGAUCCCAGCAUUGCUACUCAAGAUGACACAACCGCACCGCCGCCAUAUUCAACGAAUUAUCAGCAAUCGUUCGAGCAGCAGAAGAGAAGAUCCCAAGGUGGUGUGGGUGACAGCAAAUACGGCUUCUCCCUGUCCGGGCAGAUGAGCAAUCAGUCGGGCUCGCCGGAAUACCUGGGCGGCUCCUUCGAGCCUCGAUCUCCCCAUCACAGCCCUCCGGAUCUUCCGCCGCGUGUCGACCGAAACGCCAAACCAACUAACCAAACGCCGCGGGGGACGAUCGGGCGAUCCGCUCAAGAGCGUCUAGUGAACAAAACCGAAUCGAUCUUGGACAUGGGAAAUUACAUCAACGCGACUCCGCACAAAGCGAACGCCACGUCGUCCCUCGAAAGGGCGCAGCCGAAAGCGGGAAGUUACGACAGCAUGUCCUCCUACGAUUCGUACAACAAUACGAAUGGGAACGCGAGCUACGGCGCGCCUAAUCUCAACACGUCGACGGGUCGCCUGGGUCCGAACGUGCCGGAUGAUCUCAAGAGCAGCAGCAUGCCAGCGAGGUCGCACGAUCCGUAUCGAUUCACCAGGUCCACGGCUCAACCGAUUCCUACGCACGAAGCUCAAACGCGGACCGAUUACGCCAAAUACAGCCGAUCCACCGACUACAAGUCGGUACCGGUUCCGCAAAACAAGCCGGGAGGCACCUACAAGCCGAUUCCGCCACCGAAGCCGAAAAAUUACAGACCACCGCAGACAUCGCUCGCGCCGACGGAGAACAACGGCAACGAUGGGAACAAUUCGUACCAACACUCGAAGAGCUAUUCCAUCGCCACGUCUCACGUGCACAAUGGGGUAGAAAGCAGCAGCGGCAACGUUCAGCGCAACAGCGGCCAAUAUUACUACAACAUUCCGCCGCCCGGCCGACACAAUGAGAACAAUCUCGUGAAUUCGCAUCACAAUCUAAGUCACCUCGCGCCACCGACGCACAGUCAUAGCCUCAGUCACACGCACUCGCACUCCAGUCCGCCGGUCACCACUACGCACUCCCACAGCAACAGCGCCGGUCAGAUCAACCUCGGUCUCGCGCACAACCGCACCAGCACGAAUCACAACGGGUACAUGCACGGUAACAAUCAUACGCCGGCCGGUCCGAUCUACCCCUCCGCCAAUCCCGGACACAACAGGGAACCCAGCGGCCUCGACCUGGCCGGCAGUCGAGAGCAGAGAGGCAGCGCUUUCGAGCUCUAUCGAAAGCCGGUUCAUAAUUACAACAUAAGUUAACGUGCAUCCUGACGCAAGACUUGUUGUUACUAGGACGAAUUAUAAUCAAUUUCCCUCGGAACGCGGCAAAGUGAAUUGUGCAAUGUUGUAAGUGUAAAUGAAAAUCAAUCGACGAUUACGAGACGCGAUUGCGAGACGCAUCUUCGAAGUACGGAUAGAGGAGGGAUUCAUCUUUCGAUUCGUACGUACGUAGGGAUCCUGAGACAUCAAUGUGGUGAGACGGUUUCUUUGAUCUCGCGAACAUGGUAGAUUAAAUGGAUAUUCUUGGCGCGGAGGGUAGAUUUCGCUUAUACCGUGACGUAUCUGGAAAUUUGUUAUCGAGAACAGCUAUUAGAGCAGCAUAUCAAAGACUGUCACAUUCGCGACAUUUUAAUUAAGAUCAAAUUGAUUUGCUUCGUAUUGAAUAUGUAAGGAAAUUUCUAAACAAAGAUGCAUAAAUCGUGCAUGGUUUAUAUGGAUUCGACGCGAAGGUGUGAAAGGGUUUUUAAGGGACUAUAUGUUGCUAAAUGCAAUGUUACGUGACGAUAUUGUGUCGUCUACCCGUUACAUCCUGUAUUCUGAAUUAUCUUUUAUUGAUAAAAAUGCUUUUAAAGGCUUAGGAAUCACCUGAUUGGCUGAGAAGCCACAUUUAAAAGGAGAAGCCAUUUUUAUCGAUAAAACGAAGUUCAGAAUGCAGAUGCUAUAUGAUGAUUCAUAUGUUACAGCAAUACGAAGUCAUUGUAAGUUAUAUUUUCUCUCUUGAUAACACUAGACUGCGAAAAUCGACGUUUUUUUUUUGCAAAUACUGAGGAUGCUGCAACACCAUGAAAACCCUCAAAAUCGUCUUAUUUCACCUCUUUGACGCCAUUUCUCUCGAAAUUGUGAUGUAAUAGCCAAAUUUGGAAAAAGGAUUCGUGUUUAUCCGGCAGAAAUGAAUAAAAAUCACCUAAUCUCAUUACAUCCGCAAAUUUUCGCAGACUAGUGUAAUUUGAACAGGAACUGUCAAGUUGGAAAAUGCAAAUCUUACGAGAAGAUAUCUCAAAGAUGUAUUGCGAAUCGACAUUAUUUUAUUCACAUAAAUUAAACGUCAUAUCAUUUCGGAUAUUUAAAAAGAAAAUUGUAAGUUUUUUUUGGUGAUAUGUAAGGAAAAAUGUGAAAUUCCAAGUGUCAUAUGAAUUUACUAUGAUACUUUCUCCAAGUGGACGAUUGAAAGAGAGAUACUUAAAGAUACUUAAAGAUACUUAAAGAUUCCAGUAGAACAAUGCAUUUGCAUGCAUCAGUAUAUGUGAUUUGAGGAGUUUCUUCGGACUUUUUUUUCUGGAAGGUAAUCCUCCUUCCAGCCGAGGCCAGGCUUUAUGGUUAUUUAUUAUGUAGACCGUAUUGCGUAUCAUUAUUAUUAUUAUAAACCAAAUGACUUUUCCAUGUUUAGGUAUCGUUAGUAUUAAGGUAUCAUAAAGAACUUAUAUUAACUGUAAUAAUACGUGCGUCUCUGGUAAUUAUUAGACAUCGCCAUUACAUAUACAUAUAUGCUGAUAAUUUUAUAUCACCAGUUAAAGCGUAAACAGAUUAUACUACUGUUAACAAAGUGCGGGUGGGAUUACGUUAUAUCAUGUAAUUAAUGCUGUGCAAAUGUCGAAUGCAACCAGCAACAAAAGACAAAAUUCGAUUAUUAUUCAUGCGUGCAAGUAUUAAAUUGAAAAACGUACGCGAAAAACGGUUUAUCUCGCAUUAUCCUAGUGAGACUAUUAGAUCUGUUGUAUAUCAAGCUCUCAUAUGAUAAUUUAAGGAUAACAAAGAGAGUUAGAGGAAUAUCCGGAUCUGUUCUUCCUUCUGUAGAAGAGUGAAUAGAGAGCGACGACAGGAGCGUACGGCCGAGUAAAAACAAUAUGUAUGUUUAUAUAUAAUUUCUGUAUAAUUAAUUAAUGUUUAAAGCGCUUUAAUUGACAUUUUUGCACCACUCCUUUGAUCUUUUACUUCUCAUUACAUGCAUUGUUUAAUUCCGAAAUAUGCAUACAAAAGUUUUGCCGUUAUCUCUUAAAUCUUUGUCAAUUUUGGAUGUACUAUAAUAAUAUGCGAAAUGUGCAAGAAAUCGAAUUUCAUUGAUUGUGAAAUCAAAAAGUAUUUUUCCGCGCAAUUGUAAUUAGUUUUAAAUAAUACCUGUAUAAUCCAUGAUGCAAGAUAAUAAGGAAAGAAGAGAAGGAGAGGACAAAUAAAGUAAACGAGGGAAGACAAAGCUAUAUUUGCUUCAAAUACUUUGUGAUAUUUCCGUUAUGUUACAUAUGGCCAUAAAGAUUACACCGUCGUGUCUAUGUAACAAGAAAAAAAACUUAAGAAGAACAGGUAACGAGUAUAUAUGAUGAGUUCUUCGUUGCGAACUUGAACGAAACGUUCUAUACUAUUAAUAAAAUAUAAUUUUCUUCUACGUUGUUUAAAAAAAUAUCACGAUAAAUCUGUUUUAAUAUACAUAUAUUUAUAAUUGACUGGCUAGUCUGAUGGAUGUAAUAACGAGGAUCCCAAGGAUACCUAUAUAGUUCUAUUGAUGUAGUUCGUGUGGACAGAAUCUCGUAUAAUAUACACAGUCCGCAAUAUAAGAAGGAAGAUGUGAAGCCACUAUUAUAUUGAAAAAUGCGACGACAUAAAUACCAAUUAAAUAGCGACUUUUCGUUUCUUUUUUUUUUCGGCAAAUCUAUUGACGCAGCAGUUGCAACCUCACACUGCAGGAACACAAUGUACAUUGACUUCGCGUGGUAUGUACUUCAAUCAGUAAGUUACAUUCACUUCAUAAUUCGCGCGCGCGCAUAAGUGAAGACAUGAGAGAUUUACGGAUUUAAAUCUGUUAAACUGUGAACCCGAUAUAAUUCGCGACCUGCGAGAAUUACGGUAAUUCCAAUGGACACACUUCUUUUUCACUUCAUUUUUUUUUCUUUUUUUU